AUAAUCUGUGGAACUCGCGAGUAUAUGACGACAACGACGACUAUGACGAUUGAUGAGUGUUUGGAGUAUAUCAGUAUCCGAAGGCCAAUCAAGGCAACAAGAUUGGUGGAGAGUUUGAGAAUUUGGGGAUGACAAGGGUCUGGUGGAGGACCACACUUGCCAUAACCGUCUCCAUUCUGUCAUUAUUCCCAAACAUCGCUGACGCCUUCGACGGCGGCGGCUCCCAACCCAAACAACAACCAACUCUCUGUGAUGAACUCAUUCUCCCCGCCGGUUACCCUUGCUCCGAAUACGUGAUUCAAACAAAGGAUGGUUUCUUGUUAGGUCUUCAGCGAGUUUCUUCGUCUGCACGUAUUGAAUAUGCUGGAGAACGAGGAUCUCCGGUCCUGCUUCUGCAUGGCUUAUUCAUGGCAGGUGAUGCAUGGUUUCUUAAUCAACCAGAACAAUCAUUGGGCUUCAUCCUUGCAGAUCGUGGUUUUGAUGUUUGGGUAGGAAAUGUGCGUGGAACACGUUGGAGUCAUGGGCACAUAUCUUAUUCAGAGAAGAAUAAGCAUUUUUGGGAUUGGAGCUGGCAGGAAUUAGCCCUGUAUGAUCUUGGAGAAAUGAUCAAUUACAUUAAUUUAGUGACAAACUCAAAGCUAUUUGUUGUUGGGCAUUCACAGGGGACAAUUAUAUCUUUUGCUGCCUUCACUCAACCAGAGAUAGUAGAUAAGGUUGAAGCUGCUGCUCUUCUAUCUCCAAUAUCAUACUUGGAUCAUGUUAGUGCACCUUUGGUACUUAGAAUGGUCAAGAUGCAAAUUGAUGAGAUGAUUCUUACCAUGGGUGUUCAUCAACUGAACUUCAAAAGCGAUUGGGGAGCCAGUCUCUUGGUUUCCUUAUGUGAUACUCGUCUAAGUUGCAGUGACAUGCUGUCAUCCAUUACAGGGAAGAAUUGUUGCUUCAAUGAGUCACGUGUGCCUUUUUAUCUUGAACAAGAACCUCACCCAUCAUCCUCCAAAAACUUGCACCACCUUUUCCAGAUGAUCCGCCAAGGUACCUUCUCCAAGUACGAUUAUGGAAAGCUUAAAAAUCUGAAAGAGUAUGGCACGUUCAAACCACCAAAGUUCGACCUUAGCCGCAUACCCAAAUCAUUGCCUUUGUGGAUGGCUUAUGGUGGAAAUGAUGCUUUAGCAGAUAUAUCUGAUUUCCAGCACACGCUCAAGGAACUGCGAUCCACACCAGAGGUGGUUUAUCUUGAAAACUAUGGUCAUGUUGACUUCAUUUUAAGCUUGCAAGCAAAACAAGAUCUUUAUGACCCUAUGAUCAGUUUUUUCAAGUCACUGGGGAAAUUUAGUAGUAUUUAAAGCUUCCUUCCUUCCAUUACAUGUAAUAUAACGAUUCAUAAGUCCAUGUAUUAUAUUACACAGGUGCUGUUAAAACAGUAAACAUACAGUGGAGACUGUCCACUUUGAUCUUCUGUCUGUAAAUAUUGUGAUAAUAAUUCUCACAUGAUUGGCUUAAAAUCUGUAUAGCAACUUUUAAUUAUUUA